AUGGAUUUUCAGUGCGGGACAACGCUGACAGCCUUCUCGUCAUGUGACAAGCUACUCGACAACCUUGCCAUCGAGGUACUCGUCUGGAUCGUUGGGAUGUCGUCCUUCCUCGGCAACGCGUUCGUCCUGAUUCUACGAUCUCGGACCUUCUGUUCAAAGACAUCACGCAUAGCUCGCAUCAACGCCCUCAUGAUCCUUAGCUUAGCGGCUGCGGAUAUCCUCAAUGGUAUCUAUCUCCUCAUCAUCGGUAGCGUUGGCGCGAAAUUCGGAUAUGAUUACUACUUCUUCGCCGAUAAAUGGCUUGGAAGUCCACUAUGUCAGGUAGCUGGCUAUAUGGCCACGGUGUCGGGUCAGAUGUCGGUGUUCAUGUUGACGCUGAUCAGCAUCGAACGCAUGCUUGCCAUCGUUUUCCCAUUCCGAUUAGAAUUCCACAUGGGCACCAGGACAACCGGAAUUGCCAUCAUGUUCAUUUGGCUUGUCUCAAUCAUCAUCUGCUCCAUCCCGUUCAUGUUCCCUUCGAGCUUCACUGGUUUCUACGGCAACUCGGACGUCUGCAUAGGACUUCCGGUGGGGCUCUACAUCUACGCUGUUCCGGGAGGCGGUGAGUCGGGCGAGUUGGAGAUCGAAGGGUCGUCGUGGUACUUCGGAAUCGCUAUCUACGUCGGGAUCAACGUCCUCUGCUUGUCCACCAUCCUCAUUUGCUACAUCAUCAUUUUCUACGUGGUGAAGCGUUCUGGUCGACGAGCCAACCGCACCAAGGACAGCCUACAGGAAAUCCAGAUGGCGGGAAGGAUGGCGGUGAUCGUCUGUACCGACUUCGCUGCCUGGUUUCCUAUCGUAGUCAUGUUCAUCCUCGUUCUCGUACACGCUUGGAACAUGCCUGCCACUCUUUAUGCUUUCGUCGUGGCCCUGCUACUCCCAAUCAACUCAGCAUUAAAUCCCUAUAUCUAUACCAUCACACAAGUUAUAUCAAAGAGAAGAGAACGUUUAGGAAAGAGUACAAACAUUUCUGGAAUUAGUGGGGUAUCGUUAGAUAAACUGACUUAA